GCCCUAGGCCUGGUCGGCGCAUGGCAUUGAUUUUCUCUCUCCUUCUAUUUCCUCCUUCCUCAUCUGAGCGAGCGACGCCUAGUUACAGCACUCCCACCCCUCAAUCCUACCCUUUUAUUUUUCUUUUAUUUUUUGUUUUAAAAUUUCAAUUCCCCCUUUUUUAUUUAUAAAAAAAAGGAGAAGUAAUUUUAGAGGGGGAGCGAUCCCCCAAACACGAAAAAUUGAAAUCUAAAUCUACAACAACAAAACACAAAAUGGCAUUUCACGUAGCUUGUCCAAUUACAUGUCGCCGAAUCUGCUUCUGCGCGUUAGGGUUUCCUCGCGCUCUCCAUGCUCCCGACCCUACCAAUGCCUUCCUCCACCAAGUUGCCGCUGUUCGCGACUUCCUCGCCGACACUCGCAGCGACGACGCAACCAUUCAGGUUCCCGUUCCCAAGGUCCUGCCGCCGCCCCCGCCGCCGCCCGAUGGUGCUCCUCUUGGUGUUGACGCGCUCGAUGAGUCCGCCUCCAUGAAGGCUAGGCGCGUUGCGCUCCAGCGCAAGGGCGCCGCCGCCAGGAUUGCCGCUGAGGAGUACGCUCGCCGAUUUGAAUCCGGCGAUGUGGUGGAUACGCCAGGAAAUCUUGCUGGAGAGGAACAAGGUCAAUCCAAUGUCAAAGUCUUUUGUCGAAUGUGCAAUCGUGGUGAAAAUGAAGGAUCUGAGAAAGCUAAGAAGAUGCUAUCUUGUAAAAGUUGUGGUAAGAAAUACCAUAGGAACUGCUUGAGAAGUUGGGCUCAACAUAGAGAUUUAUUUCAUUGGAGUUCGUGGACCUGUCGUGCUUGCCGAAUUUGUGAGGCUUGCAGAAGAACUGGGGAUCCAAGUAAGUUCAUGUUUUGCAAAAGGUGCGAUGGUGCUUACCACUGUUAUUGUCUGCAACCUCCUCAUAAGAAUGUUAGUACUGGGCCCUAUUUGUGCCCAAAACACACAAGGUGUCACAGUUGCGGAUCCAAUGUCCCGGGAAAUGGACUAAGUGUGAGGUGGUUUUUGGGAUACACCUGCUGUGAUGCAUGUGGAAGAUUGUUUGUGAAAGGGAACUACUGUCCUGUUUGUUUGAAGGUUUACAGAGAUUCAGAGUCAACACCAAUGGUUUGUUGUGAUACUUGCCAACGCUGGGUACAUUGCCAGUGUGAUGAUAUUAGUGAUGAAAAAUAUCUCCAAUUUCAAGUUGAUGGGAAUUUGCAGUAUAAAUGUCCCACGUGUCGUGGGGAAUGUUAUCAGGUCAAGAAUCUUGAGGAUGCUGUUCAAGAGCUUUGGAGGAGAAGGAAUAUUGCUGACAGAGAUUUGAUUGUUAGCUUGAGGGCUGCAGCUGGUUUACCAACUCAAGAAGAAAUAUUUUCUAUUUCGCCAUAUUCAGAUGAUGAGGAUAGUGGGCCUUUGAAAUUAAAGAGCGAAUCUGCACGUUCCUUUAAGUUUUCUCUAAAAAAUUUGGGCAAUAACUCACCAAAGAAGAUGAAAGAUUAUGGAAAGAAAUCUUCAAGCAAAAAGACUGCUAAGAAAAAGGACUCUCAGUCAUUUAUGACUAGUAAAAUUGACACACACCAUAGUUUUGAAGGACAUAGUGAUAUUAAAUCUUUGCAUAGCUUGGAUGAUGACAAGAAUGAUGAUAUACAAUCCCAGAGAAAUGAAGGUCCAGAUGUUUACUCAUCACCUGCUACUGGAAGCCUGAGUCAAACUGAAGCAUCUUGCCCUAUCAAUCAGCCAGGGAUUUUGAAACACAAGUUUGUUGAUGAGGUGAUGGUCAGUGAUGAAGAGAGGAAACCUAGAGUUGUUCGAAUUAAAAGCAACAGGGCACAUAUUCUGGACAGUGAAGAGGAGAGUGGAAAACACAGUGAUAAGACUCAGAAUGUGAAAGGGAAGAAAUUGGUUAUAAAUUUGGGGGCACGGAAAAUUAAUGUGGCUACUUCCCCACGGUCUGACACUUCAAGCUGUCAAAAAGAUCAAGAUCUGGUGACUGUUAAUGGAAAUGACGAUAUAAGCCAAUGGAGGAAGGGGGACAAGUUUGCAUUUGAUAGGCAUGAUGGCACAGCAAGGCAUAUUGAUGGUAAAGGAAACAAAGUUGAUUCCGGCCAAUCAAAAAUUUUCAAGGUGUCAGGAAGAGAAGGAAAUUUGAUUAAGCUUGGAAAAGUUAAGCCAGAUGUUUCUGAAAUUAACCUGACCUCUGGUAGAGGCAAUAUGUCUGAUGGGCAGGGAAAACGUAGUACUGAUGGAAUGAUUGAUCAAGUUGGAAUAGAGGCCACAUCAAGAGGUGAAAGGACGUAUUUUAGGAAGCAAUCAGCUGGCAGUUCUGAUGCACGUGAUGAGACAGAUGACAAUAAUAAUCGUACCCCUUCACAUUCUUUGCCAAAAGAUUCUAAACCUUUACUAAGAUUUAAAUUCAAGAAACCCAGCAUUGAAAGUCAAAAUUCUCCGCAACAGGAGGAGGAGAAAACAACAAUUAAGGGCCAGAGGUCGAAAAGGAAGAGACCUUCACCUUUUAAGGAGAAGGCAUCAUUUAACGAGUCUGAAGAUGUAAGUCAAUCACAUCAAGACAGUGUAAUGGAUGAGAUCAUGGAUGCAAAUUGGAUAUUAAUGAAAUUGGGCAAUGAUGCCAUUGGAAAGAGAGUUGAAGUUCAUCAGACAUCCGACAAUUCUUGGCGCAGGGGAGUGGUUACUGACGUAGUUGAAGGCACUUCAAAGUUGCAUGUUACCUUAGAUGAUGGAAAGGUGAAGAUGUUGGAACUCAGGAAACAGGGAGUCCGUUUUGUUCCGCAAAAACAGAAGAGAUCAAAGACAUGAACUAAAGCUUAUCCACCCUUGGUGAUCAUUUUAUGUGGUGACUUUAAUUCGUUGACUUUGAAGAUUGUUUCAUCUUUGAGGCCUCCUCUUACUGAAUUUAUAUUCGUAGCCGCUCACAAGUGCUGCUGAUUUUUGGCUGAAGCGUUCUCGAUUGGAGCAAUUUCAGUUUUCUUGAAAAAAUUAACCGUUUAUCCUACCUCAGCCCUUUUUCUGGGCUGCAGGUACUUGAUCGCAAAUUAGAUUUUUCUUGCUUUUCGACAUGUAUGAUUUCACAAAUUAGAUUCUACCUGUGAUGUAUAGGUCACCAUUUCUGUAGAAUAGUAAGGGCCCAAGGUUUUAGAUGUAUGAUUAAUGCUGCUAGUAGUUUUGUCAAUUCCAGGCUUCAUGAAUUGAGAUAUUGUCUUGAAAAUUGAAAUUAUUGUCUUUGUUAAAGAUUAGUUCACUUC